CAAACUGAAAAUGAAAGUAUUACCCAAGUUUGUAUAACACAAAGGCAUGGUAGGAGUGAAAGAACAGCGAGAAAGAACAUGGAAGACGAAGAGAUGCUGGCGCUGAGUUAUAAUCUCCAGUGAACUAUUUUAUUCUUGGAUUGUCUCUGUUGUUCUGGAACUGAGACCACUCCAAACAGAAGAAAGAUGCAGCAAUUGGGAGGGGAGGAGUGUCUGGUCCCUCAGCCUCGUGGGAGUUUACCCAAAACCUGUGCGAUAGGAUUGGCUUCUGUGGUGGCGACGGCCAUCUUGGUUUGGGAGCCUGAGGGCUUCUUCAGACACGUUUCUGCAGCAAUACUCAUCCUGACUGUGGGGCCCUCGCUGCACGGAGUGUUUCUUCUCUCAGAGGAAUGUCUUCAUCAUGCAACUACCAGGUACCGUGGUCGGAGGCUGGGUCAGAUGGUGACAGCCUGUGUGGGUGUAUGUACCCUCCUGGGUGUGGGGUUGGCAGUGCUGCUGUUUGUCUUGACCAAGCCCCAGCCCUGGAGGGACCAGUGCAGCAUGGUUAUCCUGGCCUGUGUCCUCUACCCUCUACUCAAAACCCUGGGAGUACUGGGUCCGUCUGAGGUGGAGGUGUCAGAGAUCUGUGAGACAAGGAAGAUGAACGUGGCUCAUGGCCUGGCUUGGUCUUUCCACCUGGGCUACCUCAACCUGGUUCUGCCUCGGUUGGAGGGUUCUAUCGCAGCAUUCCGUGCUUCACAUAAUGCAGGUCCGUUUGAGACCAGGGGUUCCAGAAAGCUCCUCAUUCUCCUUCCUCUCAACGCAAACAUUACUCACACGCUGGAGGACGAGGACACCAACAUCCAUUUCUAUGACAACCUCCCUGACACAGAGAUCGACAGGGCAGGUGUCAGGGGGCGUGUCUACAAGCACAGUGUCUACACCGUAUUGGACAAGGACAGACAGGCCCAUCACUGUGUUGUGGAGUAUGCCACCCCUCUGCUGACCCUGUAUAAGAUGUCUCAGGAGAGCAGUGCAGGGUUUGGGGAGAGGGACAGGAGAGAGCAGGUGCUGCUGUUCUACAGGACUCUACAGGACAUACUGGACCGCUCACUGGAGUGCAGGAACCGCUACCGACUCAUCCUGCUCAACGAUGAACAUGAGGAUGACCCUCACUACCUGUCCAACUCCAUUCUGAAGAACCUGGAUCAACAGGAGAAAGAAGAGUUCUAUAUUCCCCCUUUCAUCCCUCAGCCUGAGGUGGACCACCCAUCCCAUGCCCUGCCCAUCAUCGACGACUGGCACCGAGCUGAGCCAAUGAGCAGGGUGCCUACGAUCAUGAUCAGUCAUGACAUGCCACGUACGCUCAGGGAACCGGUUGAGAAUUCGGAAGACCUUUCUCCAUGAGACAGGUCUAGAGAGAUAAACAAAAUAAAUUGCACUUAUGCACAACAGCAGCAGCACUACACCAGGCUGCAAGGUAGGAAGUACUCAAAGCCAUCUGAAAGUAGAGCAACAAGGCAUUGCCUUCCCCUUUACACCGCCACACAUUACUUAACAUACGGUGCAUUUGGAAAGUAUUCAGACCCCUUGACUUUUUCCACAUUCUGUUACGUUACAGCCUUAU